UCAGUUUGGGGAUCGCAAACCAUUUGAAUCAGUUCGGGCGUUCGGAGCGGGUUGGCGAAUCAUUUGAGUCAGUUCGGGAGUUCAAAGCUGGGUCGCGAAUCAUUUGAGUCAGUUUGGGGAUCGCAAACCAUUUGAAUCAGUUUGGGCGUUCGGAGCGGGUUGGCGAAUCAUUUGAGUCAGUUCGGGAGUUCAAAGCUGGGUCGCGAAUCAUUUGAGUCAGUUUGGGGAUCGCAAACCAUUUGAAUCAGUUCGGAAGUUCGGAGCGGGUUCGCGAAUCAUUUGAGUCAGUUUGGUGAUCGCGAAUCAUUUGAAUCAGUUCGGGAGAUCGUAGCGGGAUAGCGAAUCAUUUGAGUCAGUUUGGGGAUCGCAAAUCAUUUGAAUCAGUUCGCGAGUUCGGAGCGGGAUCACGAAUCAAGAAAGAUUCAGGCUUGUAAAUUUUCAAAUUGGCCAUAACCUUUAAUUCGUUGCUGCAAACUGGGGUGGCAGCAGGGGUGGCAAAGCUUUCUUUUAGGGUGGCAUUUGGUAAGUGUUUUAUUUUAAAAUGACAAAUAUAUAGCUAUAUAGCUUUUCAUUCAAAUUAUUAGCUUUUCAUUAAACCCAGCAGUUCCUUAAAGUAGCAUGCCCAACACUGGUUAUUUUAAUAUGCCAAGAAUUUUCAGUUUGAUUCAAAAUUUCUAUGAAAUCAUUAGUUUUCUUGACACAACAGUGUUUUACAUUGCGAUGAGUGAGGAAACAAUGUGCAGUGAUGAUGUGCAAUGUUACGAAAGUGAAGUGAAGUGUUGCAAAAGCAUGUGAAAUAGUCAUACUUCAUUUGAUUAACAUGAUUUCCACCAUUACACCAAAGCAAAGAAAAUGGGAAAUUAAUCCUUCACAACAUCAUCCUGUGCCGUUAAAGACAUUGAGAUGGUCACAUUUCUUUGUGAAGACGGCAUAGCACAUGAAUUAUGAUUGAAUAAAAACAGAAAAAUGAUGUACAGUUAAGUUAAACUCUCUUGAUGCUUCCCUUUUCUUGGUUUGACGUCUGUCUGUUCACACCACAUCACAUCCUGUGGUCAGUCUGCAGUGUGUGCAUGGUUUAAUUUUCCUUACUUUUGUCUUAACAUCAGCCGAAUGGAGUGUUCAUUUUGGUCAUUCAGUUUUUUUUUUCAUUCAGUAUUAUUGUUUUUAUUGAACUAAUAUUAAUUUAUUAAUAACCAUCUUUUCUACAUUCAACAUGGCACAGAGACAGAAGAAAGAUGGAACAUUUUCAAAUGCAGCAAAACUAUCCACCGACUCCAUUACAAGGUUUAGAUUCAUUGUGUUUGGAAGUGAUGAGGUUCUGAUUAAUGAAGCUUGUGAUAUUAUUCUUAGAUCAGCAGAUAGAAUGGAUGGCACUAAAUAUGGGACAUGUGAGUUUAGAGAGGCGUGUGUUAGCGGACAACAUGUCUCUGUAGUAAAAACUCCUGCUUAUGAGCUAGAACACUUGAAAACUUACCUGGCCUUCAGAAACAGAGUCAGAUCUAUGAAGAGAGACAUGGAGUUUUGUUACUCACUGGUCUUUCCUGGGCCUCAUGCUUUUCUUUUAGUGCUUGGAGAUGUGCGUAACUCUGGUAAAGAGCAUUACAUUUUACGAGCUCUCAGUGAAGUGUUUGGCCAGGAGGCAUUAGACUACAGUAUGGUCUUAUUUAUGCAUGAAUACAGGUACAGUGAUAUAGACAGCAACCGAUGUGUGAGAAAGUGCAGGAAAAAGUUCCACAUUUUAAAGAACAAUGAGGAAAAUGUUCUAAAGCUAUUCCAUGACGCUACUAAGACAAUGAUAAAACAGAGAAAGGGGAGGUUUUUUACAAAGGAUUUUGACUUGCUAGUCAAAGCUGAAGCUUACUUUAAGAUAGAAUUUGAUGCUAAAUAUGAGGAGCGGGAGAGUAUACUGAGAAGAAAUCUGGCAGAAAUGAAAACAACUGAGGAAAGUCUGAGAACACAAGUUACAGAAAUGGAAAAACAGAAUUCUGAAAACAUGAGAGAACUACAAGAUCUGCGUAAAGAACUGGAUGCUCAGAAAGCCGGAGCGAAUCAGUUAAAAAAGGAAUUAGAUUAUUCCCAAAGCAGAGAGAAAUAUUUAAGUCAACAGAUGGAUGUUCUCAAAAAGACAAAAAAUGAACUGAAGGAGGAGCUGUAUGCCCUCAGGUAUUAUAAGAGGAAGUUAGAUGUAGAACUGACUGCUUUCAACGUGAGAGAGAGAGAGAUGAUCCUGCCCACAAAAAUACAGUUAGAGCCUAACAGAUUACAAGAGCAAAAAGAAGAAGGCCUACAGGCUCCUGCGCAAGAAGAGCAUGACAGACAAAAUACUUCAGAUAGAAGAGAAGUGGAGCUGGAUGAGAGAGAGAGAAAACUGCUGCAGGCCUCUGGAUCACAACAUGUUGAACACAUCUCUACAGAUGUUACUCCCUCUUGUGUCAUAGUAUCUGAAGACAAACCCAAAUCUGAAGAAGACACUGGAUCACUUGAGUCUGAAGGACUGAAACUUAUGAGGCAAGACAGCAAGAAAUUAGAUCCAGAUUUUAUGUGCGAAAACAAAGUCAAACCUCAGAGAGAAAGAGAAUGUGAGAUGGAAAGUAGAAUAACAGAUUCACAAACCAGCAGAUUACUUCAAGGUGAAGGACUGAAACCUGUGAGACAGAACAGCCUUCAACAUCGACCCGACAUGUCUGAAGACACACUCAAACCUCAAGAAAACUCUGGAUACUUUGAGUGUGAAGGACUGGAACUUGUGAGACCAAAACAGCAAGGAAUUACUGUAGAUUCACUUAAUGUUUUCUUGAGUGAAAAGUGCCAAUAUCCCUCAGAACUGAGUUGACAUGUAAUGGGAAACGCUUCAUGUACUCCCACAUGAUAGCAGUGCAUGUGUUUCAUGCUCUGUGAGACAUAUAUAUAUGUAUAUAGCAUAUUUGUGCUUUAGUAACUGUAUUAGUAAGAAUAUUUUGAUAUGGUUUUUGAUAUUUUCUCCGAAUGUUUUAUGUGUAUUAGUAACAGGUUUGUUGAUCUGGGUUUUUCAUAAAAAAUCUGGUAUAGAGGAUAUUGAACACAAAAUGAAAAUUUUAAUUCCUUGAUUUAUCGUAUCAUCUGAUCACAUGCCCGUGUAUCUGUUUACAUCAUUGUCAAAUAUGAAACCGUGUCUAAAGUACUCCCUUGAAGGUUUUAAACUUUGAGCUAAACUGAGCAAUAAUGUGAUCUUUUUUAUAAAGCCUGUAAAGUUUUGUAGGAUAAUGUACUAUAAACAUGCUAUGUGUAAAUAAAUAAUGGCAUAGAUUUAUUAAACACUAAUAAUUUUUUUUUGUUUCAA